UCCAGGGUAAGUACUCUACAGCCCACACUCAUCGAUGUUGAAUGCUUUCUGCUAGGCACUUCAAUAUCGUUCACUGGAAAUACUCCGUCCGCUACGAACUCCCCAACUUGGUUUUUAGCUGGUAUUGAUUCAAACACCCCGUACAACGUCUCUUUCCCUGAUGUCGGUACCCAAAUUUACACCCAAUGGUAUCAAACUCCUAUGCUCCCUGAUGGCCUGCACAUCGUAAACUUGUCCAGUAUUGUCGUCGACCUAGACUACGUAGUCAUCACCGCAGGUUCCACGACACCUUUCAGUGGAUCCACUAUUGUUGUAGAUGACAGAAGCCCGGAAAUUGCUUACACGGGAAGUGGGUGGACAACUAGUGACGCUGAACUCAACUUCGGAGGCAGUUAUAUCAAUGGACCUCCUCUUGGGAAUACAACCCAUCGAACGAACAACGUAGGCGAUGGAUUUGUAUUCCCGUUUGCUGGCAACAAUAUCGAUGUCUAUGGUAUCUUCGAGUGGACCGCUACAGGCAGCAUUGGUAUCGAUUUCACCCUCGACGGUGAAACAACUCCCUCCGUCCUUUUCGUUCCAGCUGGCGCGAGUGUUUCUCAGCCAGAAGCUGCACACUAUCAGCUCUUCUCUUCCGGGAAUUUGCGAACAGGCAAUCAUAGCCUUAUUAUGAACAUCACUCAAGUCGACGGGAAUCAAACCUUUGUACUUGAUUACCUGACCUACCAGCCGUCAUUCUCUUCUCUUUCUAGCAAACCCAACUUUACUGCUUCCGCA